CUCAGCGGCCGUGGCGCCCCCCGAUAGCGUUGGUGAUGGCGGCGGGGCUGGCGCGGGUGCUGCGGCGCUAUGGGGGUAGGACGCGAUGCUGCGGGGCGCUCCGGAGCCGCACGGCUCCGCUGCCGGCCGAGCCCCGUCGGGCCGCUGCACACUUCGCUUUCGAGCCGGACCCGGCACCCAGCACCUACGGGCAAACUCAGAAGAUGAAUCUCUUCCAGUCCAUAACGAGUGCCUUGGAUAAUGCUUUAGCCAAAGAUCCAACUGCAGUAAUAUUUGGUGAAGAUGUGGCCUUCGGUGGAGUAUUCAGGUGUACAGUUGGCUUGAGAGACAAGUAUGGCAAAGAUAGAGUUUUCAAUACCCCCUUGUGUGAGCAAGGAAUUGUUGGAUUUGGUAUUGGAGUUGCUGUUGCAGGUGCUACAGCCAUUGCAGAAAUUCAGUUUGCAGAUUACAUUUUUCCAGCAUUCGAUCAGAUCGUUAAUGAAGCAGCAAAGUAUCGUUACCGCUCUGGAGAUCUGUUUAAUUGUGGAAACCUCACCAUCAGAGCCCCUUGGGGUUGUGUGGGACAUGGUGCUCUGUAUCACUCUCAAAGUCCAGAAGCUUUUUUUGCUCAUUGUCCAGGAAUAAAGAUUGUGAUUCCAAGGAGUCCUCUUCAGGCCAAAGGAUUGCUGCUGUCAUGCAUAGAGGAUAAAAAUCCAUGCAUAUUCUUUGAACCUAAAAUACUUUAUAGAGCUGCAGUGGAACAAGUUCCUGUGGAGCCCUACAACAUUCCUCUGUCUCAAGCUGAGGUGCUGCGGCAAGGCAGUGAUGUGACGCUGGUUGCUUGGGGCACACAGGUACAUGUGAUCAAAGAGGUUGCGGUGAUGGCUCAGGAAAAGCUAGGGGUGUCCUGUGAAGUUAUUGAUCUGAGGACCAUCUUACCCUGGGAUACAGAGACUGUUUGUAAGUCAGUAGCGAAGACCGGGCGGUUGCUGAUUAGUCAUGAGGCUCCCUUGACAGGAGGAUUUGCAUCUGAAAUCAGUUCCACAGUUCAGGAAGAAUGCUUUUUGAAUUUAGAGGCUCCUAUUUCAAGAGUCUGUGGCUAUGACACUCCUUUCCCUCACAUCUUUGAGCCUUUCUACAUCCCAGACAAAUGGAAAUGCUAUGAUGCCCUUCGAAAAAUGAUUAACUACUGAGCAAUAACACAGGAAUUGUUUGUAUUGGCUCUGGGCCUUCAGUCUGAAAAGUGUCUGAAUAUUUUUUAGUAGUGCCAUUGAAGUCAGUGUUUGAAGUUAAUUAUCAUCCUUAAUCAGAAAAUUAAAUUUCUUGUAUCCUGCCAAGUAAGAUCGGAUAUAUUUUCACAUAUAUUUAAAGACUGUUAUUUCACAGGAAAAUCAUGUUGUUAAAUUGUAUUUUUCAUUCUUUGGAUGGGCUCGUAAUCCUGUGAAGUAGGAAGUCCCGAUUUACACUGAAUAUAUGCACUGCAUGACAGUUGUGCACAGAGCAUUGGAAGUGUAGAAAGCAUUUGUAGAGUUCUACAGUUCUAUUCAGAUAGAAUAUAUCUGGCUAUAAGGCUUAUGGUUAAUACUGGUUCUAAAAAAUCUAUCUAACUUGUGUGUAAUGUGAUUGCAGAGAGAUUUCUAUUUGCAGAGCCUUCAGGCAUCAAUAGCCUAUGAAGUAGUCUAUUGUUAUCACAUCUCUAUUGUCUUUGUCUUUGAUUUCAUUUUAACACCAUACCAAGCAGUAUUUGGCUGUCCAUUAGCCCACCACGACUUCAGAAAUUAUCGGGUGUUCUCAGUGUAGAACUCUUGAUAUUUAUAAUCAAAGUUUAAUUGUCCAUUGUGUUCUGAUCUUCCUUUAAUUAAGUGAAUAGAUAGCUUUUGAGACUGAGUCUCGAUAGGAAAAGAGCAUUCAGAUGAAGCCGUAACUGGCCAGUUUUCUUCUAGAUUAAAGAGAUCCUCUAAUAGGUAAAGGAAUUUGUAGCUGUGGAUGCUGGACUGUGGGUCUCAGGUAGGCCCUAUAUUAGGAGCGCCCUCUUGUGUCCAUUUUUCUCAGACGUUGAGCUGUGAAUUGGAUUUAGGUUCCCCAGGAGAGACAGUUGUCAGCACCUUAAUGUUAAUCUCGUUCGUGUACAUACUAUCUUCCAGGAUGACUUUUUACAUUUCACCAUCUUUGUUUUCUGUGGUGGCUGAAAAUUGAACUUCCAUAUGCACAAUGGGAAAUCUAUGUAGUUCCCCGUACAGUCUGUCUCCAAAAUCACCCGCUAUUGACUUACUGUAGCAUUUCUGAGGAGAAUAUUGCAAACUGUUUUGUAGAGUAUGUUGUCUUUUUCACAGCAGUUAUUCUUGCCUUGUAUCUGUAUUUAAUGUUUUCAACCUGCAUUGACAGUGCCUCACGUGCACGUGGUUGCCUAUCUUGAGGCUGAGAUUACAGAUUGUUUUAGAUUUUUACAAUGCAUACUGUGUAGCUGACAGUGACAGAGGCAAGAGGAAAAUCUGUGUCUUUCAGCAGUUUCUUAGUUAUUAAAAUUUAUAGCUAGGUUAGGUGUAAGGCAAAUAGCUUCAAGGUAGGCAUCUAGAUUCCAGACAACCCUUUGUAGAUGGGAAAAAAGGUAGAGAAGAGGCAGUGAGAUUAAGAUGGAUGUGCAGUUCCUGGGUAGUGGUGUCUGGCUGCUCACUUAGGCAGGUAAAAAAGAAGAGAAGAAAGAGAAGAAGGAGGAAGAAGAAAGAGAACAGAGGAAAGCAGACAUGAGGUGUAUAAAACACACUCUUGAACACAAAUAUAUUGAAGGGAGCUGUAGAAAAUUUCCAAGUGGUUUUGUUUUACCUUUGCAGCUUUAUCUACCAUGUUUUCAUGUUCUGGUCUGUUGAUAAAUUAUGAAUACUAAAACUGCUAACAGAUUACCUGCCUAAGAGUUUUAGUGUUUAUUUAAGAUGACAAUGUUUGUAUUACCAAUUUAGCCUCUAAAAUUAUCAAGUUGUCACACUGUUAACUUCAUUAUGGGACUUUUUUUCAUUGUUCUUUUGUUGUAUCAAAAAGUUUAAGCAUGGUUCUUAAAGGUUUAAAGAUGUAAUUAAUGAAGGAGGCUGAUUUGUGUUUAUUUUUCUUUUUGAGCAUGUAUUUGAGGUGUUGUCAACACUUUGCUCAGAACGAGUGCUACAGCUGGGAGAGGCUUGCAAUUGGCAGCAAUACUUGCCCUCUCUCAUCUACUAACUUGUGCUGGGAAACAGCAAGAGACCUGUGAGCUAGAUAGUUCAGUAACUGUUCUCUGCAGAUAAUUAUUAUUGCCCUUGUUAUUAGGCAGUGCCUCAUAAAUGUUAACAUGAGGCUCAGGAAAAUUAUCACUCCUCUCACCAUUUAUUGAAUAAAAUUAAGAGACUGAGCAGUACAUGCAUAUAUUUAACUUGAGACUAAUAGCCAGUUUUUUUUAAAAUCACAGAAUCCCAAAUGUUGUAGGCUCGGCAGCCUGCCUUUCAUAUUGCGCUGUCUGUAACCCAUAGGAUAAACAACCACCAGAGGCUUAAAUAAAUCACAGCAUUCUUGACUUAUAAUGUUUGGAUGACAAAAGAAUGCUGGAUGACAAUUUAAAAAAAAAAAAAAAGAAA